GACAGGUCGGACGGGCGACGAGCAGCGAACGUUCGCGGCGGUGGCGGCGGCGGUGACGGCGAAUACGGAAACGACGACAACCAAGACGACCUACAACUUCACUACUACAGUGGAUGAUACAGCCGACCGCCGUCGCGAUGAAUUCUAAGCCCGAUGGACAGCAGUCCAAGUAUCAGCUGUCAAAGGACACAGCUGCACUCCAUUCAACAGAUUUAUUGCCUCAUAAUUUAUCAGGACAAGCGCCAACCAGAGAGUUUCUUUUAAAAGUCGUUGAUAUCUUAGUAGAUUACAUUAACGAUGUUAAUAAUAGAGACGAAAAAGUAUUGCAUUUUAAGCACCCCGAAGAGAUGUUACGACUGCUGAACUUAGAUAUUCCCAACGAAGGUGUGUCAUUGCAAAAUUUAGUUGAUGAUUGCAGUCUAGCUCUCAAGCAUCAAGUAAAAACCGGACAUCCGAGAUUUUUCAACCAGCUCUCAUGCGGUCUAGAUAUCGUGUCCAUGGCUGGCGAAUGGCUGACGGCAACGGCUAACACGAACAUGUUCACGUACGAAAUCGCUCCAGUAUUUAUUCUUAUGGAAAACGUAGUGCUAACCAAGAUGAGGGAAAUCAUCGGGUGGAAGAACGGUGACUCAAUAUUUGCUCCAGGUGGAUCGAUAUCGAAUAUGUACGCGUUUUUGGCUGCCCGGCAUAAAAUGUUUCCGGGAUACAAGGAACAAGGUCUUCACUCAAUCAAAGGACAACUGGUCAUGUACACAUCAAACCAAUCUCAUUAUUCGGUUAAGAGUUGUGCAUCAGUAUGCGGACUAGGAACCGAAAACUGCGUUGAAGUACCUAGCGAUGGAAGGGGCCGUAUGAUACCUUCUGAGCUGGAGCGCCUCAUAUUGGAAAGAAAGUCCAAAGGCCACAUACCGUUUUUCGUCACUGCCACUGCCGGCACGACUGUUCUCGGUGCAUUUGAUCCAAUCAACGAAAUUGCGGAUAUUUGCGAAAAAUAUAAAAUGUGGCUUCACAUUGAUGCUGCCUGGGGUGGAGGAUUGCUUCUAUCUCGCAAGUAUCGAUAUCCGCGUCUAGCUGGCAUCGAACGGGCUAACUCGGUGACUUGGAAUCCACACAAAUUGAUGGGCACCCUACUCCAGUGCUCCACAAUACAUUUCCGAGAGAAUGGACUUUUGAUCAGCUGCAACCAAAUGAGCGCGGAAUACUUGUUCAUGCAAGACAAACUGUACGACGUCCAAUACGAUACAGGCGACAAAGUAAUACAAUGCGGUCGUCACAACGAUGUAUUUAAACUUUGGCUACAAUGGCGCGCCAAGGGUACCGAAGGUUUUGAAAAACACAUGGACCACUUGAUGGAACUCAGUGAAUAUAUGGUGGAGAAAAUUAAAGCAUCGCCAGACAAAUAUUAUUUACUCCUUGAACCGGAAAUGGUAAACGUCAGCUUUUGGUACGUGCCGAAGCGCUUACGAAACAUUCCACACUCUCCGAAACGAGCAGAAAGCCUUGGCCAGAUUACGCCGAUUCUGAAGGGCAAAAUGAUGGAAGCCGGCACGCUAAUGGUCGGAUAUCAGCCACUAAACGAAAUACCGAACUUUUUCCGGAACAUUAUAUCCAGCGCUGCGGUCACCAAGGAAGACGUCGACUUUUUGCUGUCCGAACUGGACCGCCUGGGACAAGACCUCUAAAUCGAAAGCAAAAGAAACGAUUAAUGAUACAUUUCGUUAGUCUCUAGCAUAUAUUUAGUUAUAAUUGAGUUAUGAUUUCGUAGACGCUAUUAUCACGACUCCCGGUGAAUGGUUCUAUUCCAGCCGCGCGCCGCCAAUAAUAAUACUAGGUACCUAGCCUGUGCUGCGUUUACAAUAUAGAAGAUAAAUCGCAUAUUAGUAAAUAACUUUUCGUUUUAAACAUAUUAUACUUACACAUAAUAGGUGAUAAGCGUUAUCCCCGAUUUUCCUGAAUUGUUAUUAUUAAUAUUGUUGUUGUAUAGUAAUAGCGGUUAAAAUGAAUAGUGUGCAUAUUAUUGUACUAUAUAAUAUAUUAUAAUAUGCAUCGACCGCACGUUAUAUUAUAUUAUAAAAAUUUACAAUAUUAUUUUUGCUUUUAAACAUCGAAUUUUCGUCGGUUGCGAGUAUUUAUUAUGUUCCUCUCUGUUUUUAAAACGUAUUUGGAUGAUAAUGGAAAUCCACUAAUAAUUUCUUUACGGGCAUGUAUUGUAACAACAGUACCUAAUAAUAAAAAGGUACCCACUAAGAUUGACCACUUCUGUUCAAUGACCACGCACUAAUUUAAUUUAAAAUCAAGAGAAUUGGUAGUCCGUUUAAAAAAUAUAUUCAAAGUUUUUACUCUUAACCCACAAUAAUAGUAUCAACAUCCUAAAAACUGUUCAAUCAAUAACUGUUUCGAUCGUAUGAUGGCAAUAAUAAAAUAACAAUAUACCUAUCCUUUAUGGUUCGGUACUCUAAAAAUAAUCACGUAAAGCAAUAACAACAUUUGAAACGAAAAAUUGAAGACUGUUAAAGUAAUAUAAUUGCUUACGGUUUAUCUAAACUUUCAUACGUGAUUUUUUUUUUUUUUUUGAUUCGUUUGCGUCUCAUAACCUAAUAUACAUUUUUUAUUUGCAUGCUUAAAAAAACACUAUAGUGAAAAAAAUUCACAAACGUUUAUACGUUUGACAAUAAUGCACUUUUUUUAUUUAUAUAUACACCAUUGUUUUUUGCACCGUUUUAUUCGCACAUUUGCACAAGAGUUUUUAUUCGCACUGUUGCACUUCAAAAUAUUAGACACAUAAUAUGUCUUUCACAGUUAACACUUUCUAUAUUUUUAUAAGCAUGUAUACAUAAUAUUUAUAUAUAAUAUAAUAAUAACAUAAACAUGGACGUCCCUGAAUAACUGAAUGGAUACAACACAAACGACACAAAGUCCAUGUCCGCCCCGAAUUUUCCAAGCUUAAUAUUUAAUACAUUACUAUGACCAUUAAAAACACGAAAAGAGAUAAAAUUUGUUACAAAAAUCUUCUUUUUAUAAUUUUCACAUUCUUAAUGUUUUCUAAAAAAAAAAAAAAAAUGGA